GAAAUGCCAGGUGCCUUGUCCGGGCGUGUCUUCCGCUGCUUCAAGACCCUCGAGCGCCUGGGCGACAAGAUCACUGGCUUUGCUGGGCCCUGGUUUGUUGCACUCGCCUGGAUACUACUCACCUAUGGCGUCCUGUGCUUCCUCGAUGUCGUCCUUCCAACUCUGUCAGCGCCAAUCCUGACGAUACCGUUAUGCAUGUUGCUUGUGGCGAACAUGCUGGGUAACUACUACUGGGCGUGCUUUAUGCCUCCGGGAGUGGUGGGGGAUGAGGUAGCAAGGCGGCGGCCGUGGAUGUAUGCGAGGAAGAAGCGGGGGGAUCCAGUGAUGAGGAGGAACUUUGCGGUCACGACGGCGCAAUGUACGAUGUGCAAGCGGUGCAGGAAGAACAGGCCGGAGCGCGCGCACCAUUGCCGCAUAUGCGGCAAAUGCAUCCUGAAGUACGAUCAUCAUUGUCCUGGGAUUAACCAAUGCGUUGGCAUAAACAAUGAGCGCUACUUCAUCCUCUUCAUGGCAUACCUUGUGAUAUGCUCUGGCAUAUUCGCUCUCACCGCAUGGAGAGCGGUGCUGAUCGCCUUGGGCGUUGAGCUUCGUCCUUUCAAGGCCACGAUUGUCAGCCAGACGCUGUUUGUGCUGAUCUAUAUAUUGGCUGUCGUGCUCAGCCUAUGCGUCGCUGUGAUGUGUGCAUACCACCUUCACUUGGUCUGCUCAGGCGAAACCACUGUGGAGUCGAUGGACUUUGCUGAGUAUCGGAAGGCGCGGCCAUUUCAGAACUCAUAUGAUCUAGGAUGGAGAACCAAUCUGAAGCUAUUUUUCAACGUCGGUGAUUGUGGAGAGUACCCUUGGUACUCGCUCCUUCUCCCCCUCAUAGUCGACCCGUACACCAAUGGCUAUGAGUGGGCUCGUCGACCGGGCUGCGAGAACGGACACCUAGGUAUCGAACACGGCGAAGAACUCACGGACGAGGACGACGUAGAGCAAUGACAUGUAUCAUAACCGAUCUGCACAUCGAUGACUUGCGAUCUCCGCAAGUAUCCCUUGACGUUUUACUUCUUCUAUCCACCCCGGUCUUCUGAAGUCCCUUCCCCGGGCCACAGCAGGCCUCUUCCGUCGACAGAUUCUAUCACCGAGCUGUCAGCCUCGAGCGCGUGGGUCGACCGUGGGUCCAUGUGAAGGUAACGUGUCUAGCGGCCAUUCAUCUCUCUCUCAAGGCUGGCAACCGUCGCCAUCCGCCGCCGCCGGCAGCUCAAUCACGCCGCACGCGCUCCCAGCGUCCGUCCGGUUUCCCGACCGAAUCCACACCGAAGCAGAUGUUUCCACAAGAAACAUGGGCCUGAUGGGAAAGCCGCCCGCCGAGAGCAAAAGGGUCCGUGAC